GAUGACGACGUUCACAACUGACGAGCGGUCAUUUACGUUAGGACGGACACGGACGGCAAUGGAGGAGAUGAUGUAGCCCGCGUAUUGGGCGAGCGGGCAGAGUUACAACUUUUGACUUUGAUGAUAAGUGGAGUUGGAUGUGGCCCGACUCGAACUCAGCUUUUAAGAAGGUUGAUUAAGUGGUAAAAGGGUCACCUGUUUUUCGAGGUUGCUAGUAUCUUGGUGGGGGCCGCGGUGAUGGACUCACGAACCUCGUACCUAUGGAUCGAAUCUGACCUCUGGAUACAAUUUUCUAUCCCCCAGAUCUUUCUUGAAAAUAUGAAUGAAAAAUUGCGGAUGUAUGGGUGAGAUCCGUGCGAGCGAUCCCACCGGAAACAAACCCCAGGCCUUGGCGCGCAACUGCCAAAACCGAACUCCAUAAACCGUUUUACGCAGCGAGUCGUCGACGUAGGCGGAGAAACAACUGAGAAGUGACCUCAAACUUCCAUAUAAUUUCUUCAAGACCGAACUCUGCCAUCUUCAUCUUCCUCCAUCCUUCACAAUCCACAGAGCUUUUCGCUUCUUCGAUCACGCAUCUCUCGCUCCUCCCAUCUUCAAGCGUCAUCUCUUGAAGAAGGAUUAGAUAGGUCCCGACGCUCGCAAAAUUCACCGGAAUUCCCAAGAAACGGACAAAGACGACGGUCCUGCUGCAUAUUGGCUCAAGAGGACUCAAUUUCCGGGAGGGAUGGCGAUACGCCGCCUGAUUUUGCUUCUCGUUUUGGCUGUGUUCUCGGCAUCACUGGAUUUGCCGGCUUCUGCAUUCACAGAUCCUCUUGAUGCUACAACGCUUCAUGGGCUAUAUGCAGCCUUGAACUACCCUUCACAGCUGAAAGGCUGGAGAUCGGAUGGUGGGGAUCCAUGUGAGGAAUCAUGGACAGGAGUGGCAUGCUCUGGCUCGUCUGUGAUUUACCUUAAACUCAAUGGACUAAACUUGAGUGGUUCUCUAGGAGACCAGCUUUAUAAUUUCCACAAUUUGAAGCAACUGGAUAUGAGCUCCAACAACAUUCAGGGUGAUAUCCCCUAUGGUUUACCUCCUAAUGUUACUCAUCUCAACUUAGCAUGCAACAAGUUGAUCCAAAGCAUUCCACAUUCAUUACCUUCCUUGAAAAAUCUACGGCACCUGAAUCUGAGCCACAAUUUGUUCUCUGGAUCUAUUGGCAAUGUUUUCAUUGGAAUGCUGAAUUUAAAAGAAAUGGAUCUCUCAGACAAUAACUUCACUGGGGAUCUGCCAAGUUCGUUCCAGUCUCUGACAAAUCUUACUGGACUGUUCCUGCAGAAUAAUGGAUUUACUGGAGCAGUGAUCUUACUGGCUAACCUUCCUCUAAUCAACCUAGAUAUACAAGACAAUCACUUCAGUGGUGUCAUUCCUAAGAGUUUCCAGAACAUACCAAAUCUAUGGAUCGGCGGAAAUAACUUCCAUGGAGCUGAAUCUCCACCAUGGAACUUUCCUUUUCAAAAUAUGUCUCUCCAAAGUAACGUUAGUAGUCCUCCAACAUCACAGUCAAGUGCUGUUGAGAACUAUCCCUCUCUUAACCCACGUUCGCACAAGAAGGGAAAAUGGGGCCCUGGUGGAAUUGCAUGCAUCGCCGGUGGAGGCACUUUAGUAGCAAGCUGUGCAGCUCUUGUAAUUGCAAUCCAAAUUCAUCGAGCUCGUGCUCAGAAAGAUAAACUCUUGGACAGACCCAAUAGCUCGUUCCAUUCUAUAUCCCUCAGAACUGUCGGAGAAGAGAGCCCACCAAUCUUGCCUUGUAUCCCACCACCAACUGUUAGCGCAAGGCCUGUACCUCUUGCUCUCCUUGCGGGUAAAGGAAAUAGAAAAAGCUUUUCCAGGAAAUGCGAAGCCCUUGAAUGUGUGAAGAUUUACAAUGCUGCAGAACUUCAAUUCGCCACAAAAUGCUUCAGUGAAGAGAACUUUAUCUGCGAAGGAUCCAUUGGCCCUGUUUACGAGGCUAAGCUACCUGAUGGCCAGAUAUUGGCCGUGGAGAACAUCAACAUGGCAUCACUGUCUCUCCAGGAAGAAGAACAAUUCUUGGAUGUGAUCUGCUCUGUCUGCAGAUUGAGGCACCCAAACAUCAUUCCACUCAUAGGUUAUUGUACAGGACUUGGACGGCAUUUGCUGGUCUAUGAGUACGUGAGAUAUGUGACCCUCGAAGAUGCUCUGCAUGGCGGAAAGUACAAGCCUCUAUCAUGGAGUUCACGUGUUCGGAUUGCCCUUGGAGUCGCUCAGGCAUUAGACUACAUGCACUCCACAUUUUCACCUCCCGUUUCUCAUGGCAAUCUAAAGGCUCGCAAUAUUUUGCUUGACGAGGAACUCAGGCCACGUAUAUGUGAUUGCGGAGUUUCUGUUCUGAGGCCACUUACAAGCAGUACCGUCAAGCUUAAGGCUUCUGAAAUUGCUAUUGGAGACACCGGUUAUAUCGCACCUGAACACGGUCAACCAGGCAUUGACAACACUAAGUGUGAUAUCUAUGCCUUCGGGGUGCUGCUUCUGGAGCUGUUAACUGGGAGGAGACCUUUCGACAGUUCAAGACCUAGGGAAGAAAAAUAUCUGGUGAAAUGGGCUUCAUCCCGGCUUCAUGACCGUGAUUGCUUGGAGCAGAUGGUCGAUAAAAGCUUUGAAGGAACACUCAGCUUUCGGGCUCUCUCCCGGUUGGCUGAUAUCAUAUCCGUCUGCAUACGGCCUGAGAAGGAAUUCCGGCCGGCAAUGUACGAAGUAGUUGAAUCUCUGUUGUAUAUGCUGGAAAGGAUCGGCAUCACAGAAGGCAAUGCCACAUACGGCGGUGACCUUGAACCUUAUGAAAGAUCCUUCCGCUCCACCCGCACGCGCUUUGUGGCCUCACCUGCAACAAGUAGCUGGUCAUCUGAUCGUACUUCUCAAUGAGUCUACAAAAACCAUUCUUUUGUUUUCAUUUGGGUCCAUCAUGUCAAGAACACUUCCAAUAAAUCUUGCUUUCUGAAACAGAAAAAAAAAUGGGCGAGUUCUACAUAGGUUUUCGCAGUUAAUGUUUCUCGCACGGAAUUGCACGAUGGAUUGUGGGAUUGCUUCUGCAGGAUUGUAUUAGCACCCACUCUCGAUAAUUCUUGAAUAUGAGUGAACCUCCCUUUCA